AUGGUGGUGAACCAUGCUCAAACCCCGCUUGGUGUACGUACGAGGUCCAUGACUCUGGAACUCAAGCGUUUACAGAAGUUACCUGCUUCACCAUCAGCUGCAUCUGCAGCCAUUGGAGACGGUGGAUCCUAUCUGCAACUGAGGAGCCGUAGGGUGGAAAGGCUCUCACCAUUUGCUGCUAAAGCAAAAACCCGAAAGAUUCUCAAGGGUUCGACUUCAAAGAGCCAGGGAACCGGGCCAGCCAGUGUGAAUCAAGAAAGUGAGAAAGACAAGGGGAAGGGUCCAAUGCUGGAGGAGAAUGAAAAUGAGGAGAAAAACAAUAACCCUGAUGAUUUGAAGGUUAUGGAGUCCUCCUGGGGAGAGAAUAACUUGGAGGCUGAAAGUGCUGAGAGGGCCACAAGGGAGACCACACCAGUUCAUUUGAUUAGGGAUCCAAACGCUCUGGUUCUUCCCCCCUUUCCAAGCACCAGGCGUCGCUACACCCGCACCACAAGGGCCAAUCCAAGGCAGUUCAUUAACCCGGUAGAAGAUUACCUGAACGCAUUUUUUGGUGAUCUUCAAGAGAGGCAUAAAAACAAGUGCAUUGAGAAGUACAACUUCGACUUCAACAACGAAGAGCCGCUGCCUGGCCGUUAUGAGUGGGAGAAAUUGAUGCCUUAA